AUGGCCUCCUCACUCAAGCGCAAAACACCCAGCUGGGCCAACCCGCCAACAGGCUCCUCUCCCGCUCCUGGUCCAGGACAAAGGACAGUAUCGACCCCUGCGUAUGCUUCUGGGUCGACAUCCGGGGCUGGGGCUGCGAAGGGGUUCGGAGGGGUGAAGCGGGAACAUGGGGAAGGAGGGGGUGGCGCGGGGGAUUGGAAGCGGUCUAAAUUGGGUAUGGUGAAUAAUGUGAUUACUGUAGAUCCAAGGUCGGCCGCUAUGGAUCUCGAAGAGGAGCUCAAGGGGAAAGGGACUAUGCCGCUCAUGGACGCGUAUUUCUACCUGCAAGAGAACUGCCCCGAACUCAACGCGAACGAUGUGGUGGCGUUACUCAAAGGUCUCCCUCGUGUUGGCUUCAACAAAGCCAAUCAAGUUCUCAGCUACGUCCCCGCCUUGACCAUAACCUCCCAAACCCAACUCCUCACGCACAUCCGGCUACACACCACUCCCCGUCAAUCCCUCAACGUCCGCGACCCCACCAUCAAAGAAGCGACCAAGGACCAGCCCCUCGUCGAGUGGCUCGUGGACCUCGAAAAGACGGGCGAGGUGUUGCUCGCGAGAGCGAUUGGGCCGUUUGCGCAUUCGGAUCUGCCGAAAUUGGGGAGGAAGAAUGGGCUGGGGUUGGGGAUUAGCGAUUUGGAGAAGGGGGCGUCUAGGAUCAGGGGGGUGUUUUGGGAUGAGGUCAGGGGGAGGGGGAGAGCCGGGAAGAGGGUGGAUGAAGACUUCAUACAUCUCUGGGCAGACGUUCCCAUCGAAGGAACGGAUGACGUCGGCAAGCUCCUCGCUCAGCAGGAUCUAUCAGCCAGCUCCAAUGUCCCCGAGCCCCUCAAAGCCAUCCCCGGCGGUCCAGCGGGUAAAAAGAAGAAGAAAUCGACACGGGCGCUAAAGAUCACCAAUACGCAUAUGAAGGCUAUGGGUAUCGACUUUAGCAAGGACUACGAUCCUGCGAAUAAGUGA